UUUGGUCUAAGACUGCAUGUCUGCAUCUAAAUCUUCUCUUUUGCGUUUAUGCUGCAAAAUUAAACUUGAGAGUUUCUCUCUGUUUUCUUUUUUUUUGUCUUGGAACAUGAAGAUCUAUGAAAUUAUGAUUAUCAAUAAAUUAUAGUGAUUAGUGUUUUCUUGACUCCAUGAUGAUAUCAAGUUAGUUAGUUAGUUGAUGACUUGCAUUUUAGUUUUAGUGCGGCUAGGACUAGGAGGAUGUUGACAAGGUUAUCAUUGUUGUUUGUUGCUGGUCCACAAAGUGUGUAGUAAGUGUUAGUGGAGUUGGUUUCUAUGGAGUUUCUUUGAAGGAAGGGAUUAUAUGCGAUUACUAUUGCAGGAAGUGUGGGUCAGGGGCUUUAAACAAUAGGAAGUUUGCUUUUCUAUCACCAAGAUAUUAAAUCAUGCAGACACAAAAAGGAAGGUAACGUUGUCCUAUUUCACACUUUUGCACCAUUCUAUUAUUAUUUUUCUUUCCUGUCUUGAGGCAAGUUAUAGAAUUUGGAUUGCAUUUAGUAAACAAUCUUACACAUUCACCCCGGUACAAGAUUUUGGUUGUUGGAUCGACAUGAGACGGUCAUGAUUCAAGAUCAUAUUUUAGAUUUUAAAAUUUCAAAAUCUUCUUGAAUGUUUAGGAUUGCUGACUGCACAAAAUCCGAAUUCAAAAUUCUAUGGCAUAAUUAAGGGAUGUAUUGCUCUUAUUUUUUAUCCGGUAGGUUUGGUUGUAUAAAUUAGGCUAUAAUUUAUAAGGCUUGUUCCUUUGCAAAAAACAAAAAAUGUGAAAAUUUAAUUUGAGCCUAUUUAUUUUAAUGGAAUUGAUUUAAUUACAGAACUCCUUUUUUUUUUUUUUUUUUUGACAAAAGAUUACUUAACUCAUGGUAAGUCAAAUUUCAAUAAAUAUAUUCAGUAUUCAAACAAUUAUAAAUAACAUUGGGAUCUACUAAAUGAGGGAUGAAUGCUACCUUUGGUCUAUUAGAUACCUGGAAGUUUGCAAAGAGUUUCUUUCAAAUGAACUCUUCAAUUGACCAAUACCUUACUAUGAUAUACUAUAGAAAAUUUUCUAUCUGCAUUCAACUAUUAUUUAACCAUGUUGAUUGAAAUAUGGUUGGCUGUAAGCAGAAAUGGUACUUCAGGAGUGCCUCGAAAGAAAUCUCCUUCAAAUCCCCGGACUGCUCGCAAAAUGAAGACAUCGGGAUCUGAUUCUAACUCAGUCUCAUCGUCUCCAAAUCCGGCAAGUAAGACUCCAAAAGAUAGGAGCCCAAAUGUCAAGCCAACACAAAGUCCAAUAUCUGAGAAGAGCGGAACAAAUAGGGUCCAGGAAUUGGAGUCUCGGCUAUCUCAACUCGAAGAAGAUCUAAAGAAAGCUAAGGAACAACUUAACUCAUCUGAGUCAUUGAAGAUAAAAGUUCAGAAGGAGGCUGAAGAUGCAAAGAAUAAGCUUUUAUCCAUGUCAAGACAGUUGGAGGAAUCGCAGCAACAGCUUCUGGAACUAUCUAAUUCCGAAGACGGACGAAUUCAAGAACUGCGUAAAAUUUCUCAAGACCGAGAUAGAGAAUGGAAGUCUGAACUAGAGGCUGUCCGGAAACAGCAUUCAAUGGACUUAUCUGCUUUAGCGUCUGCCAUGAAUGACAUCCAGAAACUGAAAAUGCAACUUGAAAGAGCACGUAAAUCCGAAGCUACUCAGAUUGACAAUGCUGAGUCAGCCGAAGCUGAGAUACAAGAUUUGAGGGUGGAGCUUGAUGAAACACUCUCUUUAAUUGCUAAGCUUAAAAAUGAGGUGAGCCAUUGUAAAAAAUCUGAAUCACAGGCUUUGGAAAUUGUUGCCAAAACCCAAAUGCAAUUGGAAACUUCAAAUAAGAUGGUGGAAUCGCUCCAAUUAGAAGGUAUGAAUGCAUCACAAGCUUACCGAAACUCAACUUUAGAGUUGGAGAACUCAAGGUCUCAAGUAAAAUCAUUGGAAGAACUUGUGAGCAAACUUCAGGGUGAUUUGGUCAGUGAAGCCGGUUUAUCUCCUCGCUUACCUGCAGUGGAAGUUGUAGAAAGUGAGGAGAUAAACCGGCUCAAAGCCGAGCUUGUCUCGGUCAAAGCUGAAGCAGGGAAGUUAAAAUCCGCAUUGGAUGUUGCCGAGGUAAGUUAUCAGGACGAGUACAUCCGAAGCACAAUGCAGAUUCGAAGUGCCUUUGAACAACUGGAGAACACGAAAUCAGAAUCUAUUCAAAGACAGGCUGAAUUAUAUGAGGAAUUGAAGAAAGCUAAAGCCGAUAUUGAAGAGUUAAGGGGGCGCCUGAUGAACAAAGAGUCCCAGUUGCAAGAUGAUGAUGUAGCUGAGUUGAAGGCAAGAUUAUAUGACAGAGAGACCAAACUACAAAAUGUAACUGAAGAGAACAAUACACUUAAUAAGAUGGAAAUAAAGAAAGAGGAGUUAGAGAAGAAUAAAAUCACCGAUGAGGCUAUUGCUUCCGCCGAGGCAGCAAGGGCCGCAAAUCAGGAGGCUUUGACAAAACUCGGCUACAUAAACAAAGAAGUUGAUGAAAGUAACAGAAAGAUAGCACGAGUAACUGAGGAGUUAGAUGCUGCGCAGGCAUCAAAUUCGGAGUUAGAGGCUGAAUUAAGGAGAUUGAAAGUGCAGUCAGAUCAGUGGAGGAAAGCAGCUGAAGCUGCUGCUGCGAUGAUAUCGUCAGGAAACAAUGGAAAAAUUGUGGAGCGAACUGGUUUAAUCGAAAGUGGCUACAACAAUUCUAUUCCUGGUAACAAGAUGAGUUCACCUUAUUCAGAAGACACUGAUGAUGACUCACCUAAGAAGAAAAAUACAACAAUGUUGAAGAAGAUUGGAGUAUUGUGGAAGAAGAAUCAUCAAUAGAUAGAUAGAUAUAUCAUAUAUGCAAGGUUGUGUAUGUAUCUAUGUAUAAUAUGCUUCAUUACAUACUUUUGUUAGUUACAUUGUUAAGUAAAUGUUCUAAUCCAUGUUUCAUUGUACUUGUUUGCUUUCUAUUAUUAUGUAUGUGUUUGGUUUUGCGAUGGACAUAA